UGUAUCAAAAUGGUUCGCUCAUACUCAUGUGUUUGUAAUGAUGGAUUUACAGGGGAUGGAAUUAGGAGAUGCAACGAUUUAGAUGAAUGUAAGUCCUCGGCUGCUCAACGGUGUCAUCCUCAAGCAAAAUGUUUCAACACUGUUGGCUCAUACUAUUGUGCUUGUAAAACAGGAUUUGAAGGGGACGGAAUUAAAACUUGCAAAGAUUUCAACGAAUGUGCGUCGGCAACUAAAUGCCAUUCUCAAGCAAAAUGUAUCAACAGUGUUGGGUCAUACUCAUGUGUUUGUAAUAAUGGAUUUACAGGAGAUGGAAUUAAGACAUGUAACGAUUUAGAUGAAUGUGAGUCCUCGGCUGCUCAACGGUGCCAUUCUCAAGCGAAAUGUUUAAACAUUGUUGGCUCAUACUAUUGUGCUUGUAAAAAAGGAUUUGAAGGGGAUGGAAUGAAAACUUGCAAAGGCAUCGACAAGUGUAUUAAUGAAGAAUGGACAUGUGACUGUAACUUAAGUAGAGAAUCACUUAAUACAAGCAAGAAAGAAAGACUGAGACAACUUCACGAUGAGGUAGAUCGACUAUUUGAAAAGAAUACAACAACCCGAAGAAGCUGCGCGCCAAUUAUUAUUGACGAAUUAUCAAAAAUAACAGCUUAUGAAGACCAAGAAGAAGUGUUGGACCAAAAAAUUCUUAGUCAAACAGUUGAAAUCCUUCAAAAAAUCGUCGACUUUAAUAUUGCUGAUGACAUAAUGAACAUUAUGGUUCCUGCAAAUAAUAUACUGGAUGUUAGACACGAAAAAUCGUGGCGAAAUAUGACGGACGGUAAAGAGGCCCGCAAACUGGUGGUAACUUUGCAAAAAUAUGGCGUUCAAAGCGGGAAUAUCAUAAAAAACAAAAAUACCUCCCAUAUAUUUCAAAUUUUUUCCAACGUACAACUACGUGUUAAAUACAUGAAAUCCUCAGAAUUUUUACCUCAGGACCGACUUUUCAAUUUCCCAAAUGCAUCUUUCAGUAUCUCACGAGAUGCACUUCCUAAGAAUUCAGGUGCUGUGGUUGUUGUCGUAUGGUAUAAGACACUAAAUUCAUUUUUGACGAAGAAUAUUUACGACGGUAAUAAUUAUGCAAUUAAGAGUAGGAUAAUCAGUGCAAGUGUUCAACCUGAAGCAACUAGGAUUCCAUUCAAACAGCCGGUUCGCAUCCAUUGGAAAGAAAACGUGUUGGUAAUGAAGAACGACCCAAAGACUUGCGUAUAUUGGAAACCAGAAUUACACGAUAACUUGUGGAAAUCGGAUGGAUGUAAAAGAGUUGAUUCAUUAGAUAACGACUUGAUAUGCGAAUGUGACCAUCUCACGGCCUUCGCCACCAUGGACACUUGGGAAAGAGAUUUGUUAAGUAAAACUGAACAGAAAAGCUUGGAAAUUAUAUCCACGAUUGGUUGUUCCUUAUCACUUGUUGGUGUAAUUUUGACUAUAUUGGCACACGCAGUGCUGUGGAAGAGACUUCAUAAAAUAACCGACUGCAAAGUUCCCUCUAAAGUGUUGAUGAAUCUAUGCGCCGCUAUUGGAAUGACGGAUAUCUUUGCUGUUCUUGCUGGACCUGCACGCAAAAAUGAGGUUUAG